CAUCCCGCUUUGCGGUCUAUGACACGAGGUAAAUACACCACCACCACCACUACUAGAACGCAACACAACCCGAUCGACGAAAGUGGGCAACGAACGGAGAGCCAGAAACAAGGGGUUGUGUUGAGAGGGAGGAUCAUCUUCCAACCUUCCUUCCACCUUCAUUCGAAGCCUUCCGCCUGAUUCCACACACACCCACGUCAUGUUCCAUCUACCGUUGAGACCUAAUGAUCGAGAUCGCGACAGGGACCGGACUCGCAAAGCAUCUACAUCCUCAACUCUUUCUUCCAAAUCUAAACAACGCAAGCACCGCUCGUCCCACGGACCAUCUUCUACCCGCCCCUCAACCAGGGACCGACCGCCCGACCCUUCCACGGAUCGCUCCUCGACCCCUUCGCUCUCCGCCUCCAAUACCCGCCAGCAACGUCGAUCCUCAAUGCCGGGCGUAGACAGCGCCAGCCGUUCCGGCACGGCUUCCUUCCUCGAAUCGAGAACCAGCCUCCCUUAUCCGACCUUCUCCAAGGCUCACAGCAGAGAAGCUGUCGGCAAACCGGGUAUCCCGACCCCAGACCCGACCGACCUGACAGAACAAGGCAAAGAGCCGGCCGACGGAGCAAGCCAUGAUCGCUCCGACAACAACAAACAUGCGCCACCGAGCCCUCCUUUGACCAGCGUUGACCAACAAUCCCGUCAAGGCAGCACAGUCUGCGAUAACAAAGAAGGGAAAACUACAGAGGAGAAACCGAAGACUAAGAUUCGGAUUCGAGCCGAAUCAACUCGCUCAUCCUCGAGUCUGCGAUCGAAGAAGGAUGAAGGGACCAAGUCGAGCAAGACGGUGCGAUCAGAAUCAACGAAAUCGAAACGCUCCAGUCAUGACAAGGAAUCACCAUCCCGGACGGCCAGUCGCAAGUCCUCUAAGAGCAAGAUAGUGGAGGACAUAGCGCCACCCAAACGGCCCUCCAGUCGCACUGCCACGACGCCGCCGCGCUCCCCAGCAACGGUACGCGAUAUUGGCCCAGAUUCGGCAAAUGGGUCGGAGGCUACGACGGUUGCACCGGCUCACCAGUCCACUACAUCCCGCAAGGUCAGAAGCCCGGAGAAGCCACCAUCUCGCACACAAACGCGUUCGUCCAUGUCUCAUCGUCCAGGGUCUGCAUUCCGUAGCCCGAUGGAAGCUGCAUAUGAUUACGGCCGGCCUCCAACCGCAAACUCGGCCUAUGGAGCACCUCCACCUCCGCCCCCACCCCCGGAGGUGCCUAUAUCGAUCCCCAAGGUGGACUACCUGUUGCAGAACGGUGGCUUGGACCACCGAGCGCCAAAAUCACUUCUUCAAAGUUUGAGCGGCUCAUCAGAGGCCACCCCGUAUUCUCCGACACAGCCACAGAUUGUGGCAAGCAAAGUCUUCGAGCCCCUCAAUCGGCUUUUGGAGGAUUUUCACCAUGUUAUGACGAAAAAUGGCUCACUCGCUGUUGCAACGGGGUAUCGAUCAGUCGCUCGGCGACUUCUUGACCGCCUUGAGGCAGUGUUUGCUCGUGACAUCUCGUCUGAAUCCUGCAAUUGUCUCAUGUGUGACCAUGAAGAACUCGAGGAACGUCCCACAGGCGUCAGCUGGGGCGAGGUGCUUGAAUUGGUAUCUGGCCGUCGCGAGCUGCCCAGCUGGCCACCUUUCAGAUUGUCUCCGACGGUCGUUGACCCGGAUUGGUCUGGUGAUGAGCACAUCCCCAUGCAAAAAUUGGACAUCGAUGUGCCGGAGGAAUAUCGGGACCAUUACAUUCGACAGUCACGCAAGACGAAGGUCGCUGUUGAUAAAUGGCUCAGUGAACAGACCGGCGGAGGCACAAGUGCUCCCGAUGAGGUCGAUGAUGAGACUCUGACUUUCGCCAUCUUGACUCAUUUGGAACCCGAGGAGCGGCAACUCUUCUCUGCCAUCCUUGGGAUCAGCUCUACUGCACCUACACCACGGCCCGAGGGGCAGCCGCGGCCGCGACCAGCGCCCUUGAUCUCCUCGACCUUGGCGAUCCAACGGUUGUAUCGUCUGUCGACUCCACCGCGGGAUCCCGAGACUGCGAUCUAUAUGCUCAACAACCCCGGCAUGCAUCAUGUCCUGGCAACUCUAGCGGCAAUCAGCGACGACGAAUGGGACAUCCUCAUCUCUGGUCGUUUCGAUGGAUUUCUACGCAGUGGCGCCGAAGAUUCCUUCCCGUCCGGCUCAACCCCUUCGCGCUAUAGCAACAGCCGGUCUAACACCCCUUUCACGACUGGUGGGAUCUCGCGCGGGCCAACCCCUAGCCAGCUAGACGGGAUUUCCAGGCCGGCCAGUCAGCCAUACGGCACGUCUCCCUCUCCCGCGCCUGCAUCAUUUGGAGGACCCAUUGCACUGGAUGAAGAGAUGGAAAUCGCGGCUCUGGCGGAGAUUGAGCGAGACAUCUACCUGGGGAUGGAGGCGCUUGAAGACGCAUUCGAGGCCCUGCAUUGCAAGGCUGAGGUCGUGCGCCGGGCGCUGCGCGAGCGAGGAGCCGGGUUGUCAAUUGCGAACCAGAAUCGUCGCGGUUCCUUCGUCGAGGCUCGACUGGGCACUCCAGCAUCUGGCUUCGGGCUCUGGGGGGAGAACGGUGCGGACGACGAUUUCUUCCUGGACGAUGGUGUGUCUCUGGCUCCGGACGAUUCGGCAAGUAACAUCAGUUCCAACCGACGUCGUCGACCGAAGCGGCGGACAGAACGUCGGACCCCAGCGCCCGUCGAAGAGGAAGAUGAAGAAGAGGCAUAUGACAGUCGACGUGGGACGCGAAGGAGAUAA